AUGUCCAACCCACCCCCAAAUUCCCCCUCUUACUCGACGAUUCUCUCCCUAAAUGAUCAAAGAGGACGUCACUUUUCAGAUGCUACAAGCUUGAAAAAAAGAAGGAGAGACGUUGGUAAUUGGGAUAACCAGAUCAAUGACAAUAUGGGUAAAUGCGCCAUUUUCAUGCCUGGCAACGCUCAACACAUCGAAGAGAAAUUUAAAGAUGGAUACAUUCAGUUCGUGAAAGAAUCGUCGUUGGGCGCUGCAACUUCUAAAUUUGCCGCUUGGCCCUGCCCUGAGAGGAGAGCACCUCACAUUCGACCAUGUUUACAACCCGGGCCGAUGAAACGAAGGCGUUUUUUACAGCAGCAACAGCAAGGCCAGCAAGGCCAGCAAUUGCAAGAUUGGAAUGCCAUUUCAACUGACCUACCCAUGGCACAAAAACAUCAUUUCUACAACACCGACAUUGAAAACAUCAUACCCGCAUCUUCCGCAACAUCAAUAUCAAAAUUGUCCCCACCACAUUCUAGGAUGAAAUUCAACAUGCAUGGAGACUAUCCUACUACUCUACCCCUGCCAGUAUCAGAAUUGUCCCAACCGCAAACCAAUAAGACCGCAUCACUCUCUACUCUAUCCCCGUGUCACAUCUGCCAUCGCUGCCCAACGACACGCACCAUCCUAGACGCCUACGCCAACUGCGACCUGUGUGCGGAACGAACUUGUUAUAUCUGUCUGCGGGAGUGCAUGUCUAUGGAUUGCAACGUGUCUCACUCUCCCUUGAACCCAAAUUCAGGCGGUAGGAAAGACGAUAAUGAGGUGAAAGGUCCAGAUUGGCGAGAAUAUACCUCACCAUUCAACACCCUGCCCAGACAUGAAGGACAGACUAGUGAGAGGAUAGGGAGAAAAGUAUGUUCAUGGUGUGCAGUUGAAGGCGUCACGGAAGGUGGAGAAGAGGUUGUGAGAUGUCUUGCCUGUGUAGCCGGUUGGUAA